AUGUUCUUCGUUACAAAUACUUCAAUGGGCUUUCUUUACGGUUUCUAUCACAUUUCAAUAUUAUGGCAGCUUAUUUCAUUCAUAUCAUGGAGGAUCAUAUCUAGGCGGCAUCUUCACCCUCUGGCACAUUAUCCGGGUCCUUUCUUCUGGACCAUAUCGAGGAUACCUUACGCAACAGCCUAUGUCCGCGGGCAUCUGCAUAUACGGAUACAGGGUCUCCAUGAUCAAUAUGGAGACGUUGUUCGAGUCGCCCCAGAUGAAUUGAGUUAUCGGAAUGGCCAAGCGUGGAAAGAUAUCCACGGUCACUCGCGGAACUUUUCGAAAGACAUGCGAUUCUAUCAUGCAUCUAAGAAGAAAGCACCUAGUGUUGUGGUCGCUCCUGAUGACAUUCACAGUCGGCAGAAGAAGGCCAUUCUCCGAGCAUUUUCAGAGCCCGCAUUGAGGUCUCAUGAGCAGAUUCUGCGGCCGUUUGUCGAGAUUCUUGUCCAAAGGCUUCAAAAUUUGGGUGAAAGGAAGUCGGAUAGCUUUGUGGAUAUGACUGAAUGGUACAAUCAUGUCAUGUUCGAUUUUAUGUCGUUCGAGCUGUUCGGCGAAUCCUUAGGUUGCCUCGAAAGUGCAACAAAUCACCCUUGGGUAAAUAUGCUGUUCGGUUCAAUCAAAGCCUGGGCUGUUCUCAGCCAGGGUGCAUAUUUCCCAGCCUUUUCUUGGAUCACUUACGUUGCAGCAAUAUUAUUCUACGGCGAUAUUCUCCGUCAUCGUAACAAAAAGUUCGCUUCUGUCUCAUCCAAGCUUUCUGAGAAAAAGGAGUCCGAGUCGAGCCAGCCUACUUUUAGUAGCUACAUACGGGCUGAUAAGGACCCAAAAUCGACCCUUUCCGCAGAGGAAGCUUUAUCCAACCACAGUUUUAUGAUGAUGGCGGGCAGUGAGACCACUGCUACCCUUUUGUCGGGUUGCACGUUUUUUAUUCUUCGGUCUCCGAGAGUUUACCAGAAGCUCUCGCAGGAAAUCCGAAACUCUUUUUCCUCGCCAUCGGAAAUAUCAUUCUCCUCGCUAGCGGACUUAGCAUACCUACGGGCUGUCCUACAGGAGACAUUGCGAAUGUACCCACCGCUGCCUCUCGGCAUGCCCCGUGUUGUGCCUAGUGGAGGCUCUACAGUAUCAGGCAAUUUCGUGCCAGAGAAGACAUCUGUCGCUAUCGCGUCGUGGGUAACGUAUCGCUCCUCAUCCAACUUCCAGGAAGCGCAGUCAUUUCUACCCGAACGCUGGCUAGGUGAUAGUAUAGGAAGCCAUGAUAUUAGUGAUGCCAUGCAGGCAUUUUCGAUAGGCCCGCGGGCAUGUCCGGGGAAGCGAUUGGCAUUUGCUGAGGCAAGCCUUAUACUGGCCCUGAUGAUUUGGAACUUUGAUUUAGAGCUGUCAGCUGAAUGCUCCAACUGGAUUGACCAACGUGCUUAUAUUAUUUGGGACAAAGGGCCCCUUUGGGUCAAACUUACCCCAUCUGCUUCAGAAAAGCUUGUGUCACCUUCUGUGUGA